ACUUGUACCUUAUCUUAAACUAUAGUUAGUAUUUUGGAGAGACUUUGUCAAAGACAAUGGACGUACUGAAGUUGGCGUUACUUAUUAGUGCAUAUGGCUUAAUUAUCCUUAUUCCAAUGUUCAAAGGGGCAGCAUUUAUCAAUAUAGGGGAAUGCCCAGAUGGACACAAGGAAGGAGACACCUGGGCCUGGGGUGGCUCCUGUGGAGAGUGUUCCUGUCAUGUCGAUAGCUGGGGAUGUGUGUCGUGUGGGGUACUGGCCCCCGCUGAGCACUGUUACCACGAAUCGAACACGCACGCCCACUAUCCGAACUGUUGCCCAUCACUCGUUUGCGUUGGAGAUCCACAUUUCAACCACACCAAAUACGACAUACUAGGCAAAUAGGAAACUAAAAAUUCCUCUUUUUAAUCAUUGUUUGAGUGUGUUGUAUGAGUGUCAUUUGAUCCUUUUUAUACUUUUUUGCUGUGAAGCUGUUCAACACAAGCAUCAUCGUAAAGUAAAACAUUACAUACAUAAUAAAGAUAUUCGUGUAUAACUGAAAGUUGUUUUGUAUG